GUAAUCGGAAACGAAUCAUUGAAAGAGGAAAAUUUCGGUUUAGAAAACGGAAGGGCAGAGCCCUAAGCUCACAAACCAAUCUCCCGCCGAAACUCACCUAACAACGUUUUAGACUAUCCACUCCGAAUUCCUCUCAGCCUCUUUCGCCGUGCAAAAUGGCGUCUCCGGUUGAGUCUCAUCGUCCCGAACUUCGGAAGGACUCAGUGACGAAUCGUUGGGUCAUAUUCUCACCUGCUCGAGCUAAACGACCCUCCGAUUUCAAAUCCAAAUCCCCAGCUCCUUCUUCUACUGACUCUCCUCAAACAUGCCCCUUCUGCAUUGGUCAAGAGCACCAGUGCGCUCCCGAGAUCUUUCGAUUUCCUCCUCAGAACCCCGAUUGGAAAGUUCGCGUUAUUCAAAAUCUCUAUCCUGCUCUCAGUAGGGACAAGGAUCUCGAUUCUUCAACUUCCCUGAGCUCCGAUUCACUCUUAUGGGGUUGCCUUUUGGACGGGUAUGGGUUCCACGACGUCAUCAUUGAGUCUCCUGUUCACUCAGUUCAUCUCUCUGAUUUGACCCCCGAGGAUGUCGCUCAGGUUCUUCUUGCGUAUAAGAAGCGGAUUCUGCAGCUCGCAAGCGAUGACAACAUCAAAUAUGUUCAGGUGUUUAAGAACCAUGGUGCCUCAGCUGGGGCAUCAAUGACGCACUCCCACAGUCAGAUAGUGGGUCUUCCAGUCAUUCCCCCCUCUGUUACUACUCGACUCGAUAGUAUGAAGCAGUAUUUCAAUCAGACGGGGAAAUGUAGCCUUUGUCAUGUUCCUACAAAGGACCUUUUGGUCGAUGAAUCAGUCCAUUUCAUUUCUGUUGUUCCUUAUGCAGCUUCGUUUCCGUUUGAGCUCUGGAUCGUUCCCCGUGACCAUGUUUCUCAUUUUCACGAGCUGGACCAUGAGAAGGCUGUUGAUCUUGGAGGGCUAUUGAAAGUGACACUCGUAAAGAUGUCUCUGCAGCUGAACAAACCACCAUUCAACUUCAUGAUUCACACUUCUCCCUUGCAAGCUUCGGAUUCAGACUUAGCUUACAGCCACUGGUUUCUUCAGAUUGUUCCUCAGCUUUCUGGUGUAGGGGGGUUUGAACUUGGAACUGGUUGCUACAUCAAUCCUGUUUUUCCAGAGGAUGCUGCUAAAGUCAUGAGGGAGGUUAAUAGUUCUAUAUAGGCUCAGGCCCAGGAUAUAUAUUACAUAGAUAGCACAAGAACAAUAAUGAGAUGGACACAACAUGACAUGGACCUGGGUAUUGCUCUGGAUAAAGAGACCGGGAGCACGUGUUAUAUGGUUGGUGCAAGAGACCAGGACACCAAGAAUAAGAGAAUGUAGAUAUUAUUCCCACUUUCAAUCCAGUUUUGAGUUAAAAUAGGAAAAUCCAUGGCACCUUUAAUCCGAGAGGCGGAAAUUCCGGGUUGGUAGUAGGCGGAAGCCGUAGCCUAAAGCACCGAUCUCUCGCCGAAACCUUCAUGAGAACAUCAAUCAACAACCCAACCGCAAGAUCAGCGACAUCUUCAGAGUACAAGUCCGGAACGUAGGCAAUAGCAAUCUGACGGCGACGUAAUUCCGGCAAGUCGAGGUGGUCAACACCGGCGCUAGUAGUGACAAGGAGCUUGAGCGCCGGAAGGCAAUCGAGGACGGGGGAGGUGACCAGAAAGCAGCCGCCGGGGAUGAGCAAGGCUUGUGUGGAUUGGGCAUAAGAAGAAAGGAAUUGGAGGAGAGGGAGAUCGGAAAGAGAUGGUAGGAGGAAAUGGAAUCGGUUUGAGAAUUGAGAUUGGAGAGCGGGUAAUACCCACGGAGAACCUAAAACCAAAACUUGAUGAAGGUCGUUGCUAUUGCUAUCGCCUUCAGUUUCUUCUCCCAUUCUUCUUCUUCACUUGGUUAAAUACGAAAGAUUCUUUUCAAGUGCUGUGUCGAAGGUUUUGUCACUCGCAGUCGCACCACCACCGCCUCCCUCGCGCGAACGACGUCUUUCUCCCCGCCGUUUUCUUCUCUCGCCGGAACCUCGAUCUCAGCUUGCGCGUUAGCCAUCUUCAGAGUACAAGUCCGGAACGUAGGCAAUAGCGAUCUGACGGCGACGUAAUUCCGGCAAGUCGAUGUGGUCAACACCGGUGCUAGUAGUGACAAGGAGCUUGAGCGCCGGAAGGAAAUCGAGGACGGGGGAGGUGACCAGAGAGCAGCUGCUGGAGAUGAGCAAGGCUUGUGUGGAUUGGGCAUAAGAAGAAAGGAAUUGGAGGAGAGGGAGAUCGGAAAGUGAUGGUAGGAGGAAAUGGAAUCGGUUUGAGAAUUGAGAUUGGAGAGCGGGUAAUACCCAUGGGGAACCAAACACCAAAACUUGAUGAAGGUCGUUGCCAUUGCUAUGGCCUUCAGUUUCUUCUCCCAUUCUUCUUCUUCACUUGGAUUUUCCCAAAUUUGUUCUUUUUCUUCUUCUUGCAUAAGCCAUUUGUAGUUUGGGAUAUUAUCAAAAAUAGGAUAAUUUGGAAGGGUAUAAAGAGUUUUGGAAUGAAUUUUCAAAAAGAUUAGUUCUUUGCACCUAAUAGCAUCUUAAUAUUCUUUGCGCCUUCUACGGAACUCAAAAGUAAGAAAGAGAGCCUAGCGAAGUGAAGCUAAUGGCGCAGAGAAUAUUACUCUCUUUAUAUAUUGUGCUCCCUCCUCAGUCGCAAUUUAAAAAGGAUCCAGUCCAAAGGUUAAUAUGGAUUUCUUAGUCCGAAGGACUAUCCAUAUUCAAUCAGAACCUUCUACGUUCGUUUCUCAUUGUUAGGACAAUUAACUAGAAAAAGCCUAUAUUACCCCUAAGUUAAAAAAAAAAACUCUAAAAUUCUAUUUAUGGAAUUCUUUCUUUUCUCCUUCUCCCUCCGUUUUCCUACUUCCCAAAAAAAUAUUUCAUUUUUCUCUCAUCUCUCCCUCAGUGUAUUCCAUUUCCCCCCAUUUUCACAAAAUUUUCCAUUCUUCGAUUCGUUUUCUUGAAAUCCCUUUCUCAAGCUCCUCUCAUAGCCUCCCACCGGCCUUUGGAAACUUGCUGUCGUUCCUUAUCACCACAUCCUUCGCCUUUUUCAAGCUUCUUCCUCUCUCGAAUUCAAAUCCUCUUUCAAAGAAGACAUUCAAGCUAUCACAGCUCGCUGCCAUGGCCGUCCCCCACUCUAUAUCAUCUCCGAUAUCUUUCUUGGUUGGACUACCAAUGUCGCUAAACAACUCGGCGUCUACCAUGCAAUAUUUUGCGGCGUUAGAGGUUUUGGCCUAGCUUGCUAUGUCUCUCUUUGGCUCAACCUUCCUCACUGGACCGUCACUGCCCACGACUUUCUCUGCCGAAUUUUAAAGAAGGUACUGUUUAGCUCCAUAAGACCCAGUUGCCGACUAACAUCGUGGAAGCUGAUGGUGAAGAUGGUCUCGGAGGCCCUUGCUAUUGAUUAUUUGUUUGGAUUGGCUCACAUGGAUGGUUUUUGAUGCAUUUAUUGGUGGUGCCAUGAACAGGAAGGGGAGGAGGGAGAGAUAGUUACCAGUCAAAUGCUCCUAGGGGGCGGUUUGGUUCUCAUAGUUUUGGUCGAGGAAGCAGCCAGGAAUGAAACGACUAUAGUCAGUUGAGAGGCAACAACUUUCCUCAGUGGGGUUACCACGAAGUUCAAUAAUAAUGUUAAUUUGUGGGGAAUUGAUUAUCAAGAUAAGAUGGUACUUUUUCCCCUUAUAUGGUUUUUAAGAUGCAAUUCAAGUGGAAAAAUUUUGGCAUUUCAAGUACAAGCACUUGUUAGACAAUAGGAGGGAAAUAGACUUGAGAGAUGAUGACCAUUUUCAUUAAAUCUUAUACUGAAACUUGUUUGCUUUUACCCUUUUGUAGUAGUUCUGUAGUCAAUAGGUGAGUAUUGUUGCCAUUUUACAAUCAAAUAAUGUAUGAUUGAAUGGGCAUCUUGCCAGAUGAAUGAACAAUUUAGAUCCUUGAAUGCCAGUUUUUUCAUCCUGCUUUGUAGUGAGAUUUCGUUAAUAUAUAUCCAUUUUUUGGUUCAAGAGAUUUUGGUAUUU